GGUACAAGGGGAUCCAUGUGAUGAGCAGCUUCGAGGAGGUCCAGGGCCUUCUACGCCAGAGCUCCGACGAGGAUCACCUGUGCCCGAAGCCAUGCGCAUGCCACACCGCCAAGCGAAACGAACACUGCUACGAUAAGUGUCAUGUGGAUCCUGAAGGAUGGCCUGGUGACCCAUCCGGACUGGUUCCAGGGCCUGACGCUGCGAUCGCGCUUCGAGGAGGUCCAGGACUUCGUGCACGGCCAGAACAAGUCGGAGUGCCCAAGGCCCUGCACCCCGCGACGCUGGGGGACACCAGACGGGGAGUCCGUGCACUCGCUGUACUGCUACUCCGUCAUCAGGACGGACAACUACGAGUUCGAGCUCAUGAAAGAGCAGCUGCGCAAGAAUGCGGGAAUAUUUGGCUGCGACGAGUUCACGGUGUUCAGCACCGACGAGGUGGAGUUGGGGGUGGGUGGCGUGAGGACUGACAGUGUCGUUCCAACCCGCGCCCGUGGGGACGUCCAAGGAUGGCACGGCGGGCAACGCCGAGCUCUUCAUGCACGUCUGGGACGCGGUGAAGGAAGAGGCCCGCUACCGCAUGCACGACUGGGCCAUCAAAACAGAUGGUUGGCGAACCCCGAUGCUGUCCUGCUGCCUGCGCGCCUGCGUGAGCACGUGAGGGGCGAGUCUGGCGCCGUGUACGUCAAGAACUGCGCGGCGUCCGGAACGGCCCAGAUGUACGGCUCCGUAGAGGCGAUCUCCCGCGAGGCAUUGCUUGGGGCUGCGCAGGACGGGCCAGCCCGCGGCACGGGCUGGGCUGGCUUCUGGGGCUUCCCGCACCGACACGGGCCAUGGACCUGUACUAUCAGG